GAUCUUCUGUGUUGUCCAACUGCUGUGUUGGACUGUAGCCCAAGUCCAGCGCCUUCUUGGUUCAAUUUCUUCAACUCCCAUUGAGUGACACAGAUUAGAAAACAGCCUCAGGGUCUAGCCAACUGUAUAUAGACUUCAAUGAAUCCUCCUUCCACUUCCAAAUGUCACUUCAUGGAUUCCUUUGGGCAACCCAGACCAGAAGAUAACCAGUCAGUAGUUAGCAGAAUGCAAAAGAAAUACUGGAAAACCAAACAGGUCUUUAUCAAAGCAACAGGAAAAAAGGAGGAUGAGCACGUGGUGGCAUCUGAUGCUGAACUGGAUGCUAAACUUGAGGUUUUUCACUCUAUUCAAGAGACAUGCACUGAACUUCUGAAGAUAGUUGAGAAAUAUCAACUAAGACUUAAUGUCAUAUCAGAGGAAGAAAAUGAACUAGGGCUCUUUUUAAAGUUUCAAGCAGAACGGGAUACAACACAAGCUGGUAAAAUGAUGGAUGCUACUGGCAAGGCACUCUGUUCUUCAGCCAAGCAAAGAUUGGCCCUAUAUACUCCUCUUUCUCGUCUUAAGCAAGAAGUAGCAACAUUCAGUCAAAGGGCAGUAUCUGAUACCUUGAUGACAAUUAAUCGGAUGGAGCAAGCACGCACAGAAUACAGAGGAGCUCUGCUGUGGAUGAAAGACGUAUCCCAAGAACUGGACCCCGACACCCUAAAACAAAUGGAAAAGUUCCGAAAAGUACAGAUCCAAGUGAGAAAUAGCAAAGCUUCUUUCGACAAGUUAAAGAUGGAUGUUUGUCAGAAAGUGGAUUUACUUGGAGCUAGUCGCUGCAAUAUGUUAUCUCAUUCACUCACUACCUACCAGAGGACGCUGCUUGGAUUCUGGGAGAAAACAGCUCAAUUGAUGUCCCAGAUCCAUGGGGCCAGUACUGGCUUUCAUCUAUAUGAUUUUGUAGCUCUCAAGCAACUACAAGACACUCCAAGCAAGCUUACUGAAGACCACAAAGAAGAACAAAUAGACAACAGUUCUCUCACUGAAAACCUCAAUAAGUUAGUUUUGUCAGAUGAGGAAGUGAGCUUGGGAAGUAAACCAGUUGCAAAAGAUUUACCUGUUGAUUCACUGGAAGAUGAUUUUGAGAAGGAAUUCUCAUUUCUGAACAACCUGCUAAGUCCUGGUUCUUCAAGUACUAGUGAAUUUACCCAAGAAUGCCAGACUGCCUUUGGGAGCCCCGGCACCAGCCUCACAUUCCAGGAGCCUUCUGUGGGGUCUGAGCCUCUUGCUCAUUCUUCACGAUUCCUUCCUUCACAGCUCUUUGAUCUUGGCCUUCAUGCUGUUGGAGCUUUCAACAGCUGGGCCUCUGAAGGGGGAUUAGAAGUUCCUCUUUCACACACUGAUAACCAGCCAGUGCCUUCACAGAGUCCAAAGAAAUUAACAAAGUCUCCCAGCAGUGGUAACCAAGACAUGUCAGCCUGGUUCAAUCUAUUUGCAGACUUGGAUCCACUUUCAAACCCAGAUGCUAUUGGACACUCAGAUGAUGAACUUCUUAAUGCUUGAUUGAAAUUAUGUCGUCACUUCAGUGGCCUUGAGACAUCAGUUUUACAACAUACUGCCUUUGUGGAAAGGAGUUUAUAUUGUAACACAUACACAAAAGCAUCGUGUUUGUGGAUAUAACACUUUUUAGCCAACUUUAAACAGAUGGUAAGGACUACAUCUGAAUAGAUUAAGUAUCUCUUUAAUAUCUUGGACCUGCAGCUAUCUUGAUAAUAUGUUGAAAAUAUUACAAACUAUUGAGUGUGAA